AUUUACCAAUAACAGCGGCAAGCGACUGACCCCAAUUGAAACGUCAAGAUGGCGACGGAGGGUCACUUCGAGUAUGAGUCGGUCCUCUGUGUCAAACCUGAAGUCAACGUGUACCGGAUCCCACCCAGAGCAUCCAACCGGGCUAUCAGGGCUGCUGAUUGGAAGCUGGACACUCCUGAUUGGUCGGGACGCAUGCGAGUGGUGGCGAAGGGAAAAGUGGCCUACGUGAAACUUGAGGACAAAAUAUCAGGAGAGCUGUUUGCCCAGGCGCCCGUGGAUGAGUAUCCUGGCAUCGCCCUGGAAACAGUGAGCGACUCGAGCCGAUACUUUGUGCUCCGCAUCCAGGAUGAUAACGGCCGCAGUGCCUUCAUUGGCAUCGGGUUUGGGGACCGAGGGGAUUCCUUUGACUUCAAUGUUGCACUGCAGGACCAUUUCAAGUGGGUCAAACAGGAAGAUGAGUUCAGCAAACAGGCCCAGGCUCCAGACUCUACUCCAAAACUAGACCUGGGCUUCAAAGAGGGCCAAACCAUCACACUCAACAUUGGGCAAUCCAAAAAAAAGGACCGGCCUCGUCCACAGAGUUCUGGUGGUUUUGGAAUCCUUCCACCUCCACCAGGAGGCAAGCUAGCCCCGCCCCCUUCUUCAUCCAGAUCUAAUAACCACAACGUGCAGCAGACACCUGCAGGAGGAAAUGACACAGCAGGUUGUCUGCUGGAUCUGGACUCCAGUAACUCCAACUCUGUGACAUCAUCAAACCCUCUUGCUGUCACCACCAGCUCAGACCUGUGGGGGCACUUUGACCCCCCCAACUGAACCAAGGUUCUCUCGCUCUCUCAAGCUUCUUUUCUCAUUUAUCUUUUGAGUUUCCUGUUUCAUCUCUCUCUCUCUCGCUCUCUCUUUUUUUUUCUCAUCCUCUUGAGCUCUUUCUUUUUCGCUCUCUAAGGGAGUCUUUUUUUAUUUAUUUAUUUAUUUUUUCCCCUCAUGCUCUAUUUUUACGCUCUUUCCUUUAUUCUAUUUUUUUCGUACUCUCUUUUUUUUUCACUCUUUCUCUUUUCCUGCUUUUUCUCUCUCUCUCUUCCCUUUUUUUGCUCUUUUUUGACUGUUUUUCUUUGGCUCUCUCUUGCACUCUUCUCGUGCCCUCUUUCCUCAUGCUCUCUUCCACGCUCUCUUCUCCCUUUCUCUCUUUUUCUCCUCUCCCUUCUGAGUAACAUUAUGCAGCACUUUGGCGAGGUUGCUUUCCCUGACCGCUCCCUGCCGCGCAGGGUACAGAAAGCCCCUCCCCCCAGUUGUAGUUGUAACGAUCAACAAUAACAGUAAUGAUAAUAUUAAUAAUAAUAUUAAUUCCACCUUCUGAGUCACAUUUUAGAAUUUAGUCUUGCCGUCUUGUCGCGCCCCUCCAUCUAACUGUGAACACGAUGUAGAAACGUUAUGAAGGGCAAUGCAGUGAACAAUGAAUGCAUUUUCUGUACAGAGAAUAUUUAUUUGAAAUAUGUACAUAUAUAUACAUACAUAUAUUUAUGUGUCGUAGCCUCAUAUUUUUUGUCCGUUUGGCAGUAGGUUUCAUUUCAUGACCCGUCUCUAGCACCCUCUAGUGGCGUGUCUGUGCACAGCAGUAAUAGUGCCGCUUGUAACUGUUGUAUGUGAGGAAGCAGAUGAUUGGUGGUUUAUCUUAACGAGGACAAAUUUAGAGGAAGGCCGCUAAGCCCGGCUUAGUCAUUUGCGAAGGUCGUGACCUCUGUCCCACUUAGCGACGAUGUCAUCGUCUUUUAUCCCGAAGGAUGUGUUUUUAUUAGUUCACCAUUAGUAGAAUAAAUGUUAAUGUUGUAACUGACCACUUCUGAAGUCCGGGUUGGAACGUGAGUUUUUGUUGGGACCAAGCUUGUAUUUUUAAGACGCUUGCUUUUUUUUUUUUUUUUUUUUUGUGUUAUUGUUGUCGUGAUUAUUGUCGUUUACAUGCAGAUGGAUAAUGCUGAGUCGCUUGUUUUGUGAGGGGAAGUGCAAUGAAGAAGAUCAUUCUAACCCUGACCGAGUCUUUUACUCCCACCUAACGUGAUCUCUUGUCCCACAAUGUGCGUAUGGAAAUAUGCAAACGUAUAAAUAAUGUCACCACAAACAAA